AUGACAUUCCCUCAUAGUGGCUGGCUGCGGAUUAAUGGAGUGGAGACAAGGAAGAAGGGCGUGUUGGACAAGGAUGACUAUACCAAUAUAAUGGCUGUUCUCAUGCUACAAUGUUUCAAUUGCAGUCAAUGUUGUUGUCCACCUUCAUGUUGUUCAGACCUGAACAACGCCAACAACAAUAACAAGUCAGAUGUUCAAGUAAAGUCCACGACUACACCUGAUGAUGUUGGUGAUGAUGAUGGAGAUGACUGUUGUGGCAGCACCACAACACAGGUCAAUGAUGCCAAUGAUGAUGGCGAUGAUUGUUGUGGCACAACUACCGCGACAACAACCACGACCACAACCAACACGGAAACUCCAUCAUGUUGCAAAGUAGGCAAUGAUAAGAAUGAACCAACAACAACAACAAAGAAUGAAAGAUGCUGUUGCUGCGCCAACAGUACAUACCCUUUGGAUCUGUCUGCAUUCAGCUUCGAUCCAACAUUGGCAAGACCAUUCGUCAUCUACUCAAAGAUCAAUCGCGAGAUUUGUGACAUGAACCGUGAACAUUCCAGAGCCUACGAGGACCCGCGUAUGGUACCACACUACAACCGUUAUCACGACACCAUUGCCAGCUUUGUAAAGAGGGCCACAGCACUGUGCGAUGGCAAGGCCAGUCGUGUACUGUUGCUGGACAUGCACGGCCAGUCAGACCUGGUUGGACACAUAUUGCGCGGCACCAAGGACCUCACGACCGUGCAGCCAAUGCUCAAAGAGUCUGGCAUACAAUCAAUCAAUGGUCCCAACAGUGUACUUGGCUAUCUGCAUGCGAAUGGCGUGCCGACAUUCCCAACUCGCGUGCCUCUUGAGGUUGAUGCCAGCCAGACGGCCGACGUGGUACCGACGCCCCGUGGCCGAACCGUCCUCAACGCAUUCCAGGAGCAUCCAAAGUUCAAUGGAGGCUUCACCGUACAGAACUAUUCAUCCUCGCCCUUUGGUAUCAAUUGUAUUCAAGUGGAGAUUGGUAUCAAAUGGCGUCAGACCGAAGAGAAUAGAUUACUCUUUGCAAGAUUACUUCGCGAUUCUAUAUUGAACUAUUACAAGACUUAUAUGAUUACAAAUGUUGUUGUUGUAUAA